AUGUCAAGCCCUCGAGGUCAACGCAUCCAAGCCCACUGUGUGAUUAUAUGGGGAAAUGGGGCCUAUGACCUGGACCUUGAGACCGACGAUUGGCAGACGUUCUGGGCAAUCGUCAAAAAGGACUUUGGGACUUAUUUUGGUCCACCUUUAACAAUAACUGGGAUUUGCCGCUCGGAGAACCAUGCGUGGAGGGAGUUGGAUAGGAUGUUAGCUGCAUGGGCUAGAGUGAUACGGAGCGGGGAGCUGAUGACUGAGGACGAAAGGAUUGAAAUAUUCGGCGGUCCAAAUUGGCGAACCAACUCAACGCUGAAGACUAUAUUUGCUGAAAUGGAUAAAUUGGAAUCUAAGUAUCUUUGCGCACAGACAACUGGUACAAGCAAGGAAGAUUAG